AUGCCGGGAAGUGUGUUCAGCCUGGCGGGCGGCGAGCGCGAGGCACGCCGGGAGCAGCGCGAGGAGGCGGAGGCGGCGGCGGGCGGCGAGGAGGCCGCCGUGGCGCUGGGCGCCGAGCACAGGAGCCGGGAGCAGCUCAUCAGCGACCGCAUCGGCUACAAGCCGCAGCCCAAGGCGGGCGGCCGCGCCGCGCACUUCGGCACCUUCGAGUUCUAGCGGCGGCGCCCGCCGCUCCCCGCGCCGCCUUUUAAAUAAACGUGUCGCGUUGCAAAGGCGCGCGAGCCGCCGUGGCCGGCGCGGGAGCAGGAGCGAGCGGGUGAGGCC